CACCCCACUCCCUCCGCCGUCUUCCGCCGGACCGAAAGAUGUACAGGGACGUUUCAGCUUGCAGUACAUACAACUAUGGCGACGCGCUUUACUGGGACGAGCGGUAUAUUCAAGAAGCGAAUUGUGGUUCUUUUGAUUGGUAUCAACGUUACUCUGCACUUCGCCCUUUUGUCCGCAAGUAUAUUCCAACUUCCGCCCGCGUCCUCAUGGUUGGGUGUGGCAACGCCCUUAUGUCAGAGGAUAUGGUGAAGGAUGGCUAUGAAGAUAUAAUGAACAUCGACAUAUCAUCAGUGGCUAUUGACAUGAUGAGAAGGAAAUAUGAACAGGUUCCGCAAAUGAAAUACAUGAAAAUGGAUGUUAGGGACAUGAGCUUUUUUCCCGAUGACUCAUUCCAUAGUGUGAUUGAUAAAGGAACUCUGGAUUCAUUAAUGUGUGGGAACAAUGCUCCAAUCAGUGCUGUUAAUAUGCUGGGGGAGGUGAGCAGGCUUCUUAAACCCGGAGGAGUCUAUCUGUUGGUAAUGUUAACCCUAAUGUCUAUUACUUAUGGUGACCCUACUGUAAGAAUUCCUCAUCUAAAUCGAUCAGUGUACAGUUGGAAGAUAGAACUAUACAUUAUACCUAGACCUGGAUUUCAAAAGCCAGCCGAUUCCGCCUCUUCAGCAAAAUCAUUCUUGGAACCUGUUCCUAUCACUGAAAAGGGACAACUUCCUGCAGAUUAUGUUUUAGAAGAUCCAGAUUCUCAUUUUAUAUACAUUUGUAAAAAGACUGGCGAACCAAUUGAUUUAAGCAACAAGUCUCCCUAUUCUUUGUCACUAUAGGGUGAACUUGGAGCUUAGGAUGUUAUUCAUCUCUAAGCUCUGAGGUUGGCUGUAGUUUCAUUGUGAUUAUAGAAGCUUGUAAAACUUUCAGCUAGCUACCAGCUCCCUCCUCAUAGGGGCAUUCCUGUGAUGGAAUAGUCCUGCAUUCUGGGUUGAGGAGGUUAUUCUGUUUGGGAUAAUUUUUCUAGCAGUGAUGUAGAAUGGGGUAAAAAAUUAAUAAUUGAUCCCUCACUAGAAAUUACUAGCUGGGAUAUUCUUGCCUCUCAGGGCCCUUGUUCUGUACUUGAAAACAAGGAUAUUCUUUUCCACAGUAAAACGUAAUAAAGUUUUUCCUUCCUUUUUUCUUCA